AGAGGAAGAGAGAGUUGUAGGAGGGGCAGAUGGGGAUGCCCCUUAAGAAAGUAGUGCAAUAUCUGCUUUCUGCUGUGCCGACUGCAUGAGUGAUCCGGUGUCAGAGGAGCACAGGACUGUAGAGAGGGACCAUGGCUUCCCUCAGCCCUUUCGGACGGUCCAGCAAGGACAUUAUGAAUGUGAUGCAGAGGCUGCAAGAUGAACAGGAGGCGGUGCAGAAAAGAACUUUCACAAAGUGGAUUAAUUCACACUUGGCCAAGCACAAACCUCCUUUUGAAGUCAACGACCUCUUUGAGGACAUCAAGGAUGGGGUGAAACUGCUGGCUCUGUUAGAGGUGCUGUCUGGACAGAGAUUACCAUGCGAACAGGGUCGCCAAAUCAAAAGGAUCCACUGGGUGUCCAACAUCGGCACAGCUCUUAAGUUCCUGGAGGGAAGGAAGAUCAAACUAGUCAAUAUCAAUGCCACUGACAUUGCUGAUGGACGCCCGUCCAUUGUCUUGGGGCUGAUAUGGACCAUUAUCCUCUAUUUUCAGAUUGAGGAGUUGACCAGUAAUCUUCCAGCCCUUCAGGCUUUAUCCAGCAGUGCGUCUUCGGUGGACAGCAUGGCCAGCUCGGAGACGGGAAGCCCACCUAUGAAACGCAAAGUGAUGACAAAGUUUCAGGGCAAUGCCAAAAAAGCCCUGCUCAGAUGGGUCCAAAGCACAGCAACCAAGCGUCUUGGGAUUGAAGUUAAAGACUUCGGUGUUAGUUGGCGCAGCGGUGUGGCCUUCCAUUCUGUUAUUCAUGCCAUUCGUCCAGAACUCGUGGACAUGGACAUCGUGAGAAAAAGAAGUAAUCGUGAGAACCUGGAAGAGGCUUUCAGUGUGGCAGAAAAUGAACUGGGAAUACCGCGUUUACUAGAUCCUGAAGAUGUGGAUGUGGACAAGCCUGAUGAGAAAUCCAUAAUGACAUACGUAGCUCAGUUCCUGAAGCACUACCCAGAUCCCCACCAAUCCGAGACAGAUGGACAGCAAGAGGAGCUGGUUCGUUCCAUUCCUACAUUCGCGCUCUCUAUCCCAGCUCUACAGUAUGAUCCACAAGAUAUUGAGCUAAUGCUUGAGCGAGAGGACCGCAAGGUGCUGAGGGAGGUGAAGAUCUGGCUGGAUCAGCUAGAGAGAGAUUUACUGCGUGCACAGGGAUCUGAAGAGAGUCUCACCGACAAAUAUCAGGCUUUUAAGAGUUUCCGUGUGCAGUAUGAGAUGAGAAAGAAACAGAUCGAGUCUCUCCUGCAACCGGUACACAGGGACGGCAAACUGUCAGUGGACCAGGCCGUGGUCAAACAGGCCUGGGAUCAUGUGUCUGUCAGGCUCUUAGACUGGCACAUCCAUCUGGAUAAGUCUUUGCCGGGCCCUCUAGGAGUGAUUGGAGCCUGGCUGCAUCGGGCAGAACUUUCCCUGAGAGAGGACAUACCCAUUCAACAGGCCCACGAAGAGACGGCCAACAUCAUCCACAGAAAACUGGAACAGCACAUGGAGGUUUUGAAGAAUUUGGAGGGACACCGACAGACAUUUCAACAGAUUCACAGAGACCGAUCGGUAAACGGUGUCCCGGUUCCACCAGAGCAGCUUCAGGACAUGGCAGAAAGGUUUAAUUUUGUGUCCACAUCAUCUCACGUCCAUCUGAUUAAGUUUGAGUUCUGGGAGAUGAAGUAUCGUCUCAUGGCGUUUCUCAUGCUAGCCGAGUCAAAGCUCAAAUCGUGGAUCAUUAAAUACGGCCGACGGGACUCAGUGGAGCUUCUUCUGCACAAUUAUAUUGCGUUCAUCGAAGGCCAUAAGUUCUUUGAGCAGUAUGAAACCACGUUUCGGACUCUGAAACAAGCUGCAGACUCCUACUUGAAAUCUGGGGAUUCAGCUGAGGAGGUAGAAGGCGUGAAUAAGUUUCUGAGCGAUGCGACAGCGCAGUGGAAGAACCUGUCAGUGGAGGUGCGCAGCGUCCGCAGCAUGCUGGAGGAAGUGAUCUGCAACUGGGAGAAAUACAGCAGCACAGUGGCCAGCCUGCAGGCUUGGCUGGAGGACGCCGAGAAGAUGCUCAACCAGUCAGAGAGCGACAAACGGGAGUUUUUCCGGAAUCUUCCACACUGGAUUCAGCAGCACAUGGACAUGAAUGAUGCUGGAAACUUCCUGAUUGAGACGUGCGAUGAGACCGUGUCUCGAGAACUGAAACAACAGUUGCUCCUUCUCAACGGCAGAUGGAGAGAGCUGUUUGUCAAAGUCAAACAUUAUGCAAGAGCAGAUGAAGUGGACAAACUGAGAAAAGAUUAUGACGAUGGGAUUGAAGCCUUAAAAGCAUUUAUUGACUCGGCCAACGAGAGGAUGAACACUCCAGUUCAAGUUUCAUUUCUGAACAUACGGACAUAUCUACAAGACGUUGAGGACAUCAAGCACAAAGUGCCAUCCAUGGAGGCGGCGUACAAGACGGCCACACGUAACGCACAGCAGCUGACCAAAGACCUCACCGAGGAAGAGAUCGCUCGGAUGCUGGCUACCAUGGCAACCAUCAAGGAUGAGUUCAGCAAGAUAAGAGAAAGAGCUCUGCCUCUGCUGAGGGACUCCCAGGCCAUGCUGCCACCAUUAGAGGAAAUGGAGAAACAUAUCACUGGGUUCUACCAGUCGCUGGAGAAGGCGAGCCGCAUCACUUCCUCCCGGGACUCCGAGGCUCCAGGAGACUUCAAGCAGAAGUGUCAGGAGCUGGUGACCUAUCAGCAGAGCUGUAAAAAGUGUCUGUCAGUGAUUGACAAAAACCAUCAGAUCAUUCUGAAGUCAUUGGACACCAGUCAGAAGCUAAAACACCUGGACACGUCACUGCUAGAGAGGAGAAUCACCGAGCUUCAGGCCUCUUCACAGGGCAUGGUAAAAGAAACCACAGAAUGGAAGAGGCAUGUGGAGGCGAACAGCAGCCUGAUGAAGAGAUUUGAGGAGUCUCGUGUAGAGCUGGAGAAGGUUCUGAAAAUAGCUCGCAGCUCCAUGACUGAGAGAGGAAACCCAGAGGACCUUCUGAAAAAGCACACUGAGUUCUUUGGGCAGCUGGAUCAGAGAGUUCUCAAUGCCUUUCUGAAAGCCUGCGAUGAACUCUCAGAUAUUCUACCAGAGCAAGAACAACAGAAUCUGCAGGAAACAGUCAGGAAGCUGCACAAACAGUGGAAGGAUGUCCAAACAGAGAUUCCCUCUCACCUGCUGCAUCUGAAGGUGGAGCUGGAGAAGAGUCGUCUGAAGGCAUCAGUGCAGGAGUGUCAGGCUGAACUGGCCCGUGAGAACCGCAGUCUGCCCAGCAUGGGCAGCGAGAGGUUAAUCAAAGAGCACAGGAUGUUUUUUAAGGAAAAGGGUCCACAGGCUCUUUGUGAGAAGCGCUUACAUCAUAUGGAGGAACUGCGCUCAAAGCUUCCAGAAAGCGAACAAGCCCGGCAAACACUGGAGAAUGCCAGGAUGGUGUUUGCAGAGGUCAGAGAGGAUAUUGACAGCACACAUCAGAAACUAAUGCAGCACCCGGACAAGUGGAAGGAGUUUAAUACCAGGUUCUCUGAACUCUCUGCCUGGGUUACAUCGAAGGAAAGUCAACUCAGACUUCUGCGAAACAGAGCUGGAGACCCCAGCAAGUUUGGACAGGUCAAAUCCACCAUUGAGAGUCUGAGAAACGAUGCUGAACUGCAGGAGGGGAACGUGAGCUGGCUGAAGACGCGUUUGGCCGCUCUGAUAGAGGUUUGCACGGAGAGUGACACUCAGAGACAGGGGGCUGCUCUCAGCAAACUCUCCAGUGACUUUAAGGGUCUCCUCACCUCCCUUUCUGAGUCAGAGAAGGUCGUGCUGGCGGUGAGCGACUGUGUGCAGUUCAGAGAGGAGGUGAAAACUACACUGGAGGAGUUGACACAGGGUCAGCAGGAGCUGCAGUCAGUGACCAGCAAGAUUCUGAACUCUGAGUCCGUCAGAGAAGCCCAACAACUGCUGCUGCUUCAUCAGCAACAACUGAAGCGUCUCCGGCUCAAGCAGAAGGAAAUGCAAGAGCAGAUAAACCGUGGAAAGCAGCUGCAGAUAGAGGAGGGUCUGGAGGAGAACUUACAGGAAGACCUGCAGAAACUAGACACCACCUUGAGCAAAAUGGAUCAAAGCACAGAGUCACAGGAAAAGAACCUGGAGGUGACUUUAGCUGCUUGGCAGGAGUUUGACAGUCAGCAGGCAGCAGUGAGGGAGUUUGUGGGUAAAGUGCGAUCGGUCACAGAGAGAGAGAUGAACUUCAGCAGUCCAGACAGUCUCAGCACAGAGCUGGAGCAGGCCAAGGAACUCCUGAAACAGUGUGAAACAGAGGCCAGACAGGUGAACACUCUUCUCAAGAGGGCCGCAGAGAUCCAACUAGGCCCCAAAAAUCAGUCUCUCCUCCAGGAUCAAGCACGUGCUCUGAGUGAACAAGUGGACAAAGUUGAGACUGGACUCAAGCGAGAUGUGAAGACUUUGGAGGGCAUGAAAGAUCAGUGGGAUUCUUUCGGGAGUGAGUUUGAAGCUUUUUCCACAUGGAUAACGGAGAGAGAAAGAGAAAUGGAUGCCUUGAAAAGCUCCAGCACACCUUUGGACCAGCAAAUCUGUACCGUAAAUACAAUCAGAGAGGGUCUGCAGGAGAGGUUACAGGUCCUGUGCAAUCUGGAGGAGAAAUCUCAAGCGCUGGUCCAGUUUGUGUCGUCUGGCGAAUCUGCACGAAUCAAAGCCCGUCUGACACAGAUUGGCAGAUACUGGGAGGAGCUUAAGGAGAGUGUGGAACACCUGAAUGGACAGUUGGAGGAAAGCUCCUCCCACCAGACGAAGUUCAGUGCCAACCUUCAACAGUUACAAUCAGAGGUUGAAGAUAUACAAAAGAAAUUUGACAACCCUGUCACCUCCUGCGUGUCUUCAUCCGAGACCUACAAAACUCUACAGAGUCACAUGGAUAUGUUCCAGUCCCUGGAAAAGCUGAAGGCCACCCUGCUGUCCCUGUCUGCUGGCGCCCGCAGGCUCAGCGAGAGAGAGAAGGCAGAGAGAGCCGUGGCGGUCCUGCAGCAAAGUUAUGAGCAGUGUUUAAAACAGGCCAAGGAAAAGCAGAGCCAAAUGGAGAGCCUUAUGUCACAUUGGCAAAAGUAUGAAAAGGAUUGGUCUGCCCUGCAGUCAUGCCUGGAGAGAUGUGAAUCCAUAACCAGCCCUGACUCUCAGUUCCUUCCGGUCGACAAACUAAAGCUGGAUGGAGAACUGCUGGAACUGAAACACCUAAAGAGUGAACUUCAGUCUCUGCAGUCGGUUUACAACAGGCUGGUGGCCCAAACGCCAACUCUUUACACCACUGCAUCAGAUGAACGUGUGAAAACACUCAAAGAAGACCAUGAACAGCUCGAGAAAAGAUGGAAGUGUCAGACCACAGCUAUACCUCAAAGAGUCCAAGUGCUUCAGGAGCACCUUUCUCAGGUGGAACAGUUUGAGCAAGCCCUGCAGAAGUUCCUCAAAUGGGGAGAGUCUUUCCUCUCAUCUUUACACUCGUUUUCUCAUGUUGAUAUCACUGAUCUUCAACCUUCCACUAGUGAUAUCAAGGAGAGGAGAGAUGAUCUGCUGAAGCAAAGUCUCCUAAGGCAAAGCCUUCAACAGCAGACUAAGACCUUGUGUGAUGUUUGUGAGCCGGCUGAGGUCCAGCAGCUUCAGGGAAGGUGGGAGAGCUCCUUACAGCCGUACAUGGAGGCCCAUCAGCUGGUUGAACUACGAGGUGAGAGUCUGGAGAAGCUAGAGGCCUUCCUACACACCCACAGUGUGGCGGCCGGCGUCCUUCAAGGCCUCAGACAGACCGUGGAGAGCGCUGGGAGUUGGGAUAAAAGCCGGGUGGACGAGCUGCAGAAAGACCUCGAAGCUGUUGUUCCUGAUAUCAGUCGCCUUGAAACGCUCGCUGUGAAUCUGGAUAGCAGCCUCUGUAAGGCUCAUCUCCACCUGAUGAAUGGAAAGUUGACUCGAUCCUCGUGCCGCUCAUUGGCCGACUCCUUAAGCGUGGAGCUGGAUGCCGUGAGGAACCUUCUGGGCUCCAAACAAAGUGAAGCUGAGGCUCUCGGUGCUCUUUGGAGCUCGUUCAGACAGCGGAAAGAGCAGCUGCUCAAAACAGUGGAGGAUAUCGAGGAGAAGGCAGAUAAACAGGGCCUGAAAGAGCCCAGUGUGCUUACUCUACAGCAGAGGCUUCGGCUCUUUAAUCAACUGGAAGAUGAGCUCCAGUCCCACCAGCACGAGGAGCAGUGGCUCAGGGACAAAGGUCAACAGCUGGCCCACAGAGACGCUGAGCUGGGUGGAGAAGUACUAAGGGAAAUCAACCUCAUUCAGACCACCUGGGAAGACACCAAGAAACUCAUCGCUGAAAGAGAGAUGAUCAAAGUCUAUCCGUACAUGGAGGCCCAUCAGCUGGUUGAACUACGAGGUGAGAGUCUGGAGAAGCUAGAGGCCUUCCUACACACCCACAGUGUGGCGGCCGGCGUCCUUCAAGGCCUCAGACAGACCGUGGAGAGCGCUGGGAGUUGGGAUAAAAGCCGGGUGGACGAGCUGCAGAAAGACCUCGAAGCUGUUGUUCCUGAUAUCAGUCGCCUUGAAACGCUCGCUGUGAAUCUGGAUAGCAGCCUCUGUAAGGCUCAUCUCCACCUGAUGAAUGGAAAGUUGACUCGAUCCUCGUGCCGCUCAUUGGCCGACUCCUUAAGCGUGGAGCUGGAUGCCGUGAGGAACCUUCUGGGCUCCAAACAAAGUGAAGCUGAGGCUCUCGGUGCUCUUUGGAGCUCGUUCAGACAGCGGAAAGAGCAGCUGCUCAAAACAGUGGAGGAUAUCGAGGAGAAGGCAGAUAAACAGGGCCUGAAAGAGCCCAGUGUGCUUACUCUACAGCAGAGGCUUCGGCUCUUUAAUCAACUGGAAGAUGAGCUCCAGUCCCACCAGCACGAGGAGCAGUGGCUCAGGGACAAAGGUCAACAGCUGGCCCACAGAGACGCUGAGCUGGGUGGAGAAGUACUAAGGGAAAUCAACCUCAUUCAGACCACCUGGGAAGACACCAAGAAACUCAUCGCUGAAAGGCAAGAGCAGAGCAGCGCUUUGGUAGAGCACAUGAAAGAUUACCAGAGUCUGAAGGCUUCAAUAAACACAAUAUUGGAGAGUGCUGAUGCUAUAUCCGACAUUAAAGCUGUCCUGAAAGACCAAGAGGACACACGGAGAUCCCUGUUGAAGCAUGAAGCCGUUAAAGCAGAGAUGGCCAGUAACCAGGAUGUACUAGAGCGAUUCUCCAGUAAAGGAAAGAAGCUUUUAAGUGAAUUAAACAAGAUCCCUGAUUGCCACACCCAGAUUGUGAAGACAGAAAUAGAUGCCACAGUGGACCAAUGGCUAGAUGUGUCCGAAAAAAUUGAGGACAAUCUCGAAAGUCUCAAGAGGAGCUCUGCUCUGUGGGUGGAAAUCUACGAUAUCAGUGGAGAAAUCGAAAGCUGGUCCAACAGCUCGGUCAUGGAUCUUACAGAUGGACUCAAUAACUUCAACGAUAGCCAGAAAUCUGCAAACAAACUCUCUGAAGUCAAGGUGGAUGUUAGCCUGAAAGAAAAGAAGAUUGAUGCUUUACAAGAGAAAGUUUCAGAGCUGAAACGACUCUGCGGUGGCCAAGAUGCUCCUGCUAAACUGCAGGUCAUGGAGACGGACCUCAGAAGGAAAAUUAGUAACAUUGAAGAGUUAUGUGAUCAAGCCAAGGGCAACCUCCAAGAUUUCUGCUCUCAGAAGAAGCAGCUGGAAGAUUUUCUCAGCCAGAUGUCCGAGUGGUUGAAGAACGUUGAGAGAUCUUUGGUGGAUUCGCCAUGUGGAACAGCUCCUGAAGAAAUCUGCAGAGUGAAGGAAAUCCAAAAGGAGCUUCAGAACCAGCAGACGAGCAUUGACUCAGCCCGGGAAAGCCUGAACACGCUUUGCAGAAAAUACCCAUCCGAGGAACUUGCCGGUCUAGGUUCCUCUCUGACCGACCUCAUCAAGAAAUAUGAAACGGUCAAUCAGCUCUGUGUUAAGAAGCUUGGCUCCAUGCAGCAUGGCCUCCAGCAGCACUUCAAUGAUCUCGUGAAGGAGUUUCAUACAUGGCUCUCUGGACAGAAAGACAUUGUGAGAGAAUGUGCCGAUCAUUCUGGUGACAUGAGCGUGGUGGAACGCAAACUGCAGAAAUUGAAGGGAGCUCUGGAGCGGGUGGAUGAUGGAGACAGCCGUCUAACACUGGUGUGCACUGAGGGUGAGAAGCUUCUUCUUCACCUUCCCAAAGCCAGCGCUGGCCAAGUCCAGCAGAACCUCUCCUCCAUCCAGCAGGACUGGGACAGUUACGUGGAGCAGUGUAAACAGAAGCAGCAGAACCUGGAAGAGAGCGCCAGUCUGCUCAGCGGUUUUGAGAGCCGUCUGCAGAGGUUGACCCGCUGGCUGGAGCGCAUGGAUGUGAGGAUGAGCACAGAGCUGCCUGAGGGGAGACACGGUGAUCAUGAGCGAGUAACGCUGGAGCGCGUGGAAGAAUUCCAACACGAAGUGCUUAAAGAGAGGGACUCGUUUGAGAGUCUGUGUCAGGAAGCUCAGUCCCUGAGUGAGGGAGGUCACGGAAGCGGGGCGGAGCUCAGGGCGUCUGCGCAGCUGCAGUUGCAGCAUCAGGCGCUUCUCAAGGCGGCGAGGGAGAGACUGCGCAUAUGUCAGCUCAGCCUGCAGGAGCAGCAGAACUUUGAGGAGACGCUGCAGAGCACCUGGGGAUGGCUCAGCGGCGUACAGGAGCGCCUCAAUUCACUCAACAGCACCAGCGGGAAUAGAGAGACCCUGGAGAAGAGACUGGGGCUGGUUCAGGACAUUUUGUUGAUGAAGGGUGAAGGGGAGGUGAAGCUCAACAUGACCGUAGGGAAGGGAGAACAGGUGCUGAAGAACUGCAGUAGGGAUAAACAGGAAGUUAUCCGCUCUCAGCUCAAGAGUCUGAAGGAUUCCUGGGCCAAUAUCCUCAUGACCGCCAUGAGCUGCCACAGUCGUCUGGAGUGGACCGUGGCUCAGUGGGGCAGUUUCCUGGAGAGUAAAGCUCAGCUGCAGCAGUGGAUGGAGAUGGUGGAGCAGGAGGCAGGAGUGGCUCUGCCGCAGCAGCCCGGGCUGAAAGAGAAGGCCUCGCUGCUGGAGCGCCUACGGGCCAUUCAGGCCGAUGUGGAGGUCCAUUCGUCAGCGCUGACCCGCCUGAAUGAGAAAGCCACAGAGUUGUAUGAGAAGACAGGAGACCAAGCAUUCGCAGAGGGACCGAAAUCUGAGUUCAACACCCAGUUUACCAACAUCACAGCUGUCAUUAAGAAUAAGGUACAGCAGACUAAGGAGAUUGUCAAGAAGCAUGAGCAGUACAUGGAGUCAGUGCGUGAGCUGAAUGACUGGCUCACAUCAGCUAAAGAAGAGCUUCAGCGCUGGUCAGACAUGUCUGGAGACGCCGCUUCUGUUCAGAGGAAACUCUCUAAAGUCAGGGGGCUGUUAGACUCCAGGAAACAAGGGCAUGAGCGUCUGACCCGUGUGCAGAGCUGUGGUGCCGCCACACGCGACCACACAUCCACGGUGGGCUGUGAGGUCCUGGAGAGGGAGGAGGCCGGGCUGCUCUCGGCCUGGGAACAGUGGGAGCGCGGAGCUAAACACAUGUGCUCCGGUCUGGAGGGCGUUCUGGCUCAGAUGGCCAGCUCAGAGCAGGAGUUCAACAGCCUAGCUGCGCAGCUAGAGCAGGACCUGCAGGAGUUCAGCGGCAAGCUGCAGGAGUGGCGCAUCAAACUGCAGCAGGUGGAAGAAAUGAGCUCCGGUGAAGAGGCUGUGCAGGGAUGGCAGAUAGCGAAGGACGCCCUGGAAGCACUGCUAAACAUUGAGCCCAUAUCUGACAAUUUGAAGUGUCUGCUGAAUGACUUGUGCCGGUUCUCCAGAGAUCUGGGCGCUCAAUCUGAGAGAGUGUCUGCCCUCAUUAAAGAAUACAACAGCCUCAGUCUCCAGGCAUCUCGGGAGUGUCAGGGAAAGGAGAAGCUCCUGGAGCAGCGCUUCCGUGCCGCUUUUCGAGACUUCCAGCAGUGGCUGGUCAAUGCGAAAAUCAGUACGGCCAAAUGUUUCGAUGUGCCUCAGAACCUGGCUGAAGCAUCGUCCAGCCUGCAGAAGAUCCAGGAGUUUCUGAGUGACCGUGAGCAAGGCCACGGCAAACUGAACACAGUGGCAGCCAGCGGAGAGCUACUGAUGAGCAUCACUCCCAAAGACAGAGUAGAGUCCAUCAGAGCUAAAAGCAACACAGCCAGAGAAGACUGGAAAUCACUCAUGACCAAUCUGCAUCAGAGAGAAACCGCUUUACAGAAUCUUCAGGCUCAGAUGCGGGACUUUGAAACGAGCGUGGAGCCGCUCCAGGACUGGCUGAAUGAAACCGAGGAGGCCGUUCAGGAGAGCAGCAGUCGGCUGCAUGAUCUCACAGCCAAGAAACAGGAGCUGCACAGGUUACAGUCUCUGCUAGAGGAAUUAGCCUCUAAGGAGUCUCAGCUGCACAGGUUGAGGGAGAAGGCCCAGCAGCUGUGGGACGGACACACGGCCGGAAAGGGCUUUGUGCACCGUGUCUCGCAGCUCUCAGCUCAGUACCUAGCUUUAAGCAACCUGACCAAGGAAAAAGCCUCUAGAAUCGACCGCAUCGUGUCCGAGCACCAGCUGUUCUCGCAGGGCCUGAAAGAGCUGCAGAACUGGGUGGCUGAUACCAGUCACAUGUUGCAAACCUACUGCACUCCCACCGCAGACAAGAACGUUCUGGACAGCAGAAUGAUCAAACUCGAGGCUUUACUGACGGCACGUCAAGAGAAGGAGAUACAGCUGAAAAUGCUGGUGACGAGAGGAGAGUCGGUCCAGAGGAACACCUCCGCUGAGGGAGUACCGCUGGUACGCCAACAAAUCGAGGACCUCAAAGACUCAUGGGAUGGGCUGCUGUCGGCAUCUAUUCAAUGCAAGAGCCAACUGGAGGGCGCUCUGUCACAGUGGACCAGUUACCAGGAAGACGUGCAUCAGUUUGUGAGCUGGAUGGAGACGGUGGAAGAGACUUUAAACUCUGCAGACAAACAGUGCUCUGAGAUGAGAGACAAAACCACCAACCUGGGCAAAGCCAAAUUGCUCCUAGAGGAUGUUUUAAGUCACAACAGCAUCCUUGAUGUCGUAUCCGUGAAGGGAUCCAACAUGGCAGAGCACUAUGUCACCCAGCUAGAGAUUCAGGACUUACAAGAGCGCUACAAUAUUGUCAAAGAUAAGGCCCAGUGUGCAGUUGCCAAAGCGGAGGAGCUGGUGUCGGCCCAUCAGGAGUACCAGCGCACCCUGCAUGAGUUUAAAGACUGGCUGGAGCAACAGCAGGAGAGACUGAGCUGCAGCUACACACAGCUGGAGGGAGACGUCGAGACUCUAGAGGACACGCUACGCAAACUACAGGAGCUUCAGGUGCAUUGCACAGAGGGUCAAGCCCUACUCAACACACUGCUGGUGACCCGAGAGCAGGUGAUUCCCUGGGGCGUCCCGCAGUUAGAGGACCGAUGCCUGGAGAUGGUCCAGCAGGAGUGGGGCUCGUAUCAGGUCCGGCUGGGUGAGACCAGAUCUCAGCUCAACAGCGCUCUGGCCAAACUCCGGCAGAUAGAGCAGAAGUUCCAGCGGUUGGAUAACUGGCUCAAAGGGAUGGAGACUAAAGGAGAGUUACGCUCCGGCCGCCGCUCUGACAGAGCAACAAAAGAGGCACAGUUACAGCUCCUGAAGGGUUGGCAUGAGGAGGUGCUGGCUUAUCAGGAGGAGAUAGAGGGUCUCAGUGUCCUGGCCCAACAAGUUUUAGAAGAAACGCCCAUCAGCAGCAGAGUCAGCACUAGAGCUACACAACUCACGUCACGCUAUCAUGCCCUGCUGCUACACCUGCUGGACACUAUUAAGCAGCUGAAGGAGGAAGUUUCCUGCAUUGAAGAAUCCCAGAGUGUCUUUAGCACCUUCUCUGAUUGGUUGAGCACAGCAGAAAAGAACUUCAGCAUUGUGACCACCACCACCAUUGAUGUGGUCGAUCGCGUUGCCAUGGAGAAGAAAAUGAAAAAACUAGAGGCUCUGCAGGGCGACAUGGAGCUGGGUCACACCUUCCUGAAGACCAUGCGUGAAAAGACGGAUCGUGCCAUGACGUUCCUGGAGGAACCUGAGGCAGAGCAGCUCAAGGAAGAAGUCGACACCCGACUCUGCCAGCUGGAGACUUUGAUCAGAGCUCUGCGGUCAGAGCUCAGUGCCACAGAGAAAUCCAUACAGCUCUCCAAAGACUUCCUGGACAAAUACAAGACUCAAACACAAUGGCUUACAGAGACAAAAUCACUGCUGGCGUCUCCAGUGGAGCCAAAAGCUGAACUUUACCAAAAAAAGGCUCAGCUAGCCAAAUAUAAGACAAUCCAGCAGACCAUCCAGUCCCAUGAGUCAGCAGUCAAAUCGGUUAUAGAGAAGGGAGAUGCACUUCUUAAAACAAUCCGUGACCCGUCUAUCAGUGAAAACAUCAGCAAGCUGAAAGCCGACUAUCAAGAAUUAUGCAAUGAUGCCAAGGUCCACGUUCAGAGUUUGACCGAGAGUGUGAGAGAACAUGAAGUCUAUAACAGUGAGCUACAAGAAGUAGAGAAAUGGCUGUUACAGAUGUCUAGCAGGCUGGUCACUUCUGACUCAAUGCAAAGUGGCAAUCUAGAGACAGCCACACAACAACUAGCCAGACACAAGGCAAUAAUGGAGGAAAUAGCUGGUUUUGAGGAGCGUUUGACCAGCCUGAAGGACAAAGGCGAUCUCCUCACCAGUAGCUGCACGGAGCAAGUCCAGGCCAAGAUCAGUCAGCAGAUCCAGGCACACCAGCAGGGAACCAGAGACAGUUAUUCGGCUAUUUGCAGCACAGCUCAGCGUGUGUAUCAGAGUCUUGACCGUGAGCUCCAGAAGCACGUCAGCCAUCAGGACACACUGCAGCAGUGUCAGACGUGGCUGUCCACUGUUAAAGAGGAGAUCCAGCUGCAGGCGCAGACUCCCUAUGGCCUCCAAGAGGCUCUGAAACAGGUGAAGCACUUUAGAGCCCUACAGGAGCAGGCCAGUACGUAUCUGGACCUGGUUUGUUCAGUGUGUGAUUUAUCUGAUGAGCCUGUCAGAACCACAGCUGCCAAAAUACAGCAAACCAAAACGAUGAUUGAGGAGAGGAUGACCACUUCUCAAGAGCUGUCGGAUAGCUGGAGGGAGAUUAAAGAGCAAAAACAGGAACUCGCAACACUUUUCCAAGAUAUGGAACAGCAAUUGCAAAGUCUGUCCAGGAGACCUGCCGAGUUGGAGCCCAAGAUUGCUCAAAACAUGCUCGAUCAAGCCAAAGAAUUUGGCGAGCAGCUUCAAAGCAGACAAAGCACUCUGACUAAGAUGACAGAGCUUGUGAGUAAGCUGACAGAAGGGCAGGAGUCUCCUGAGCAUACAGAGAUUGGACGACUGAGCCAUGCAUGGCUGGAACUGUGCCAUCAGGCCAACAAACUGCAGGCUCAGAGAGAGGAAGAUCUGCAGAGGACUAAAGAGUAUCAUGACUGCAUCAGUGCCAUGGAAGCCCUCUUUGAACAGGUGUCCAAGGAAUGGGAUAACCUGGCCAGAACUGAUGCUGAGAGUUCAUCUGAUCAUUUGGAGGCUCUUCGGAAGCUCUCGGUUGUUCUUAAAGAAAAGAAAAGCACACUUGAGGACCUCAAAGAGCAGAAGCAAAAAGUAAUGUACCACUUAAACCUGGAUGAUAAAGAGCUGGUGAAGGAGCAGAUUGGCCACUUUGAGCAGCGAUGGGCCCAUCUAGAGAGUCUCAUAGAGAGGAAGAUCCAAGACUCCAUUGUGACCCUUGAAGACAUGGGCCAAGUUGAGGCCCGUUUGAGGGAAGCUUGCGAAUGGGCUGAGGAGCAACAGCCUGCCCUAUCUGAAGCCAUGAAGAUGAGUCCUCCACCUGAACUAGCUCAGAGUUUCCUUUUCGACCAUCUAAGCAUAUGCAGUGAGCUGGAAGCCAAGCAGCUUCUAUUGGCCCAGGCCAUGAGCGAUGCAGAUAGGGUUUUAGCACAUCUGGGGCUAAACGAAAGGCAAAGACUGCAGCAGCUCAUCUCAGAAACUCAAGCAGAGGUAGAGUCCUUGAGCGUCAAAGUCGCGCAACGCAGGAAACACCUAAGCAAAGCCUUCACAGAGAGAACCCAGUUCCUUUUGGCUGUGAAUCAAGCUAUCACCUGGGUCCAGCAGAAUGAAAAGAAAGCACAAGCGGAGGAGUACAUAGCCCUUCUUCCUGAUGACCUAUCUAAGCAGGUGAGGACUUGCAGGAACAUUCAGAGCAGCUUGAGAGCCUAUCAGAGUGAGCUGACCUCCCUGUGGUCCCAAGGUAGGGAUCUGAUGAAAGACGCUGCUGAAGAAGAGAAAUCCGAGAUGCUCAACAAGCUCCAAGAGCUGCAGAAUAUCUUCGAAGUUGCCCUACAGAAGUGUAGCCAGAGGCUUCAGGAGCUGGAAAAAGUAUUGGUGACCAGGAAGUACUUCAAGUUAGAUCUCGAAAAGAUAUGCCAGUGGUUGAAGCAAGCUGAUAUUGUGACCUUCCCAGAGAUAAACCUCAUGAAUGGAGAUGCAGAAUUAAUUUCGCAGCUUACAAAAUACCAACAAAUAUUGGAUCAAGCCAUGGAGUAUGAAAACCUCCUUCUAACUGUGCAAAGAACAGGUCAAGAAAUACUUCCCACUCUGAAUGAAGUGGACCAUUGCUACUUAGAUGAGAAAUUGAUUGCUCUUCCGCAACAGUACAAUAAUAUUUUGGGACUAGCCAAGGAGAAACAAGAGAAAAUACAACAAGCCAUUCUCGCCCGACAGGAAUAUGCCUCCUUUAUUGAUGUGACCCACAAAGCACUUAAAGAACUUGAGGAGCAGUUCCACAACUUGGGGACGCAGUCCGUCAGCCUUAAGACUGAGGAGGUUGUCAGUCUUCUGGCUGAUUAUAAAGCCCUCCUGGAGGAGCUGACUAAUCUUGGACAAGCCGUCAGUGAGCUUAACCAGAAGAAAGAGGGAUUUCGUAGCACCGGCCAACCUUGGAGACCUGAAGAAAUGGCCCAACUGGUUAGUCUUUACAACGGUCUGAAAAGAUUGAUUGAGCAGAGGGUAGAACAUCUUGACGACACACUGGAAUCUUUCGAGGACCAUCAAGCCAUGGCUAUGCAGGUGGAUUCAGAGCUGAAGGCCACCAAAGAGCAACUGGUGAAAGUCAAUGCAGAGACGCAGUCAGCUGAGGAGAGAUUGAAAAAUUAUCAUGCCCUGGCUGCUAGUCUUCAAGGUGCCAGCUCUCACCUCACUCGACUCAUGGAGCAGAUGGAUAAUCUGGCACCCCACAUGGAUUCCGCCGCACAUGAGGCUUCAAAGCAGCGGGUAACCUCUUGGCAAGAAGAGCUUCAGUCCUUACAGUCAGCUGUUGGGGAACUAAUUGUGGAGUGUGAGAACAGGUUUGUGCAGAGUAAAGACUUUGAGACUGAAGUCAAUCGGACCUUAACUUGGCUCCAGCAAAUCAAAGAUGAACUUGGCUCUGAGGUGGUGGUAGACGUCAAGGUUGAGAAGGUCCAGGAGGAAAUCCGAAAGCAACAGAUUAUGCAAGAGGAAGUUCAGUCAAGGCUUAGGAUAGUGGCAGCUCUAAGCACCAGAGAGAAGCAGAAGUACACUAGUGCCAAUGAGCUCGUUCCCCCUCAUGUGGACUCAAGUCUACAAGAAAUGGCCAAGCUGGAGGCUGACGUUCAACGUGCCCUCAGCUCCAAACAGAUAACGCUAGAGCAAGCUCUCGCCUUGUGCCAGAAGUAUCACUCCAGAAUGCAAACAGCUUGUGAGUGGCUGGAGGACGCUGUGGGCUUCUUGCAGCAGGCCAGCCUUGGGGUGGAUGUGGAGAACUACGAGGAGUGUCUGAGGCAACAGGAAGACAUCAUGGCCACUGAACAGGAGUUCCUGGGUGUUCUUGAGGAGCUGGAAUCUUUGCCACCUCAACUUGAAAACCUGGUCAACCCUACAGCCAAGGAGCAACUUACACUUAGUGUGAAGUCUGCACAGCAGAGAGGCGUAGAGGUCAGAGACCAGCUGCAGUGCCACCAAGACAUCCUGAACAGCUGUGUUGCCCAGUGGAAUUCAUAUCAGGAGGCCAGACAGACAGUCAUUGAGCUGAUGAAUGAGGCAGAGAAGAAGCUAACAGAGUUUUCCACAGCCAAGGCUGCAACAAACCAGGAAGCUGAAGAGAAACUCCGGAGUCAUAAGUCGUUAGUAUCCAUGGUGAACAGUUUCCAAGAAAAGCUGACUGUUCUGGAAGAGCAAGCGUCCCAGUUAGAGCUGAUUGGAAGUGACGCCAGUAAAGCCACCAUAAGCCGAUCCAUGACCACAGUGUGGCAGCGCUGGACCAGGUUGCGUAGUGUAGCACGAGGUCAAGAAAGGGUGCUGGAGGAUACGGCCCACGAAUGGAGAACUUUCAGGGAAAAGAUGAUGAAGGUAAGAGCUGUAACAGAAGAACUAAAGGGCCGCGUUCCUGAUUGCACUGCUGAGAAAGCCUCCAAAGCCACACUGCAGUCGCAUCUGGACCAGUACGAGCUGGUUAGUCAGGACCUGGAGAGGGAGCUGUCUUCUCUAACUCUACUACGACAGUAUGCUCUCAGCCUGCUACAUGGUGUGGAGGUGUCUGUGCCAGCGGCUGAUCAUGAGAAAUUGCCAAGUCUGAGGGAGGUCAAAGCUGUGCAAGAUCAGCUAGAAAGUCUUCUGCAGAAGGCCAGGACAGGAAAGACUCGGGUUCAGCAGGAACUGUCGGACAGAGAAGGCGUGGAGAGAGGACUGAGUCUUGUCAAGAGCUGGAUCCAGGACUCCAGGGAGCUUCUGCUGAACCCCACAUCUGAUCUGGACAUUCUGACUCAAGAACUGGAGGUGAUGCAUGGAGAGCUGAUUACUCAUCGUCAGAAUGUAGACAAGCUUGCAGAACAGCAGCAAAGUAAAUACUUGGACCUGUACACUAUUUUACCAUCUGAGAUCUCAAUGCAACUGGCAGAAGUGUCCCUGGCACUGGGAUCCAUUGAGGACCAGGUUCAAGCCAAGGAGAGAGACAUCCAGAAGACCAGAGUUAUUAAAGAGGAGUUCAACUCCAGAAUUCAUGACGUGUCCGAAAAAUUGAAGGCUGUCUCUACGUCUCUAAAGGAAAAGGCCACUGAUAUUGAUCAGGCCAAAGAUGAGGCCAGACAUCUCUGUGAUGAACUUGACGGCUGUGGACGAAAUCUCGCUGAGCUAGAAGCUGCAGUGCAGGACUUUGGUCGCCGUAACCCUCUGAUAGCUAGACAGCUGGCUGAUGCUAUUGCCAAAUUACGAGAGAUCCAUCAUCACACUCUUCGACUGGCCGAAUAUAAGACAAUAUGGCUAAAGAAGGCUGAUGCACAUCUAGAUGAAUACAACGAGAUGUUUGAGUUCAUAGUGAAGUGGACAGACAGAGCCAGGAGCCUGGUGAAGGCCAACAUAAUCUGGAACUCCUCCUCACACCUGCAAGAGCAGAUCAGGAUGUAUCAGUCUGUUCUACGUGAGUCACGUGAGCUCCAUGGUGACCUGAGGGCCAUGCAGGAGAAGGUGGAGAUACUGUCUGAGACGCUGCAGGUGGAGGCCAUGGGACAGCAGGUGUCAGAACUGAGCCGGCACACUGAGGAGCUGGAGCAGAGCAUCAGAUUACGACUGCAGAGUCUACAGGACGCAGCAAAGGAUAUGGAGAGGUUUGAGACUGAAGUGAAGGCCCUGCAUGUGUCUCUGGAGCAGGUUCAGGCCACUCUUACAUCUCCAGAACUGUCCCGACUGAGUCUAAAAGAACAACUGACUCAAAGACAGCGUUUGCUGGCGGACAUGGAGAGCUUCAAGCAGCAGGUGGAGGCCGUACAGGACUGUCAGAGCGCUUUAAGAGUUCCUGAGGAAGUGGUGACCAGUCUGUCCAUCUGCCGCACUGCUCUGAAUCUGCAACAAGAGGCCAGUCAACUGCAGCACACCGCCAUCCAGCAAUGCAACAUCCUACAGGAGGCAGUGGUGCAGUAUGAACAGUAUGAACAGGAAGUCAAAAACCUGCAGGCCAUGAUUGAAGAUGCUCACCGGGUCAUACAGGACCAACCUGUGAACACCAGUAACAUUCAAGAGCUGCAGACACAAAUUAACCAUCAUGAGGAACUGGCCCAGAAAAUCAAGGGCUACCAGGAGCAAAUUGCAUCCCUGAACUCCAAGUGUAAGAUGCUGACGGUGAAAGCUAAACACGCCACCACACUCCUGACAGUGAGUGAUGCAGAGGGUUUAACCGAGAGUCUGGAGGAACUGGACGGUGAUGCUAUUAAAAGAAAUACCCAAUCACAAGUCUCAAUGUCGGCUGGUCGCUGUCAGUCUCUCCUGUCUCCUGUGACAGAGGAGUCUGGCGAGGAGGGCACCAGCAGUGAGAUCUGCUCUCCUGCUUUCUGUCGAUCUCCCUCUCCUAUCACUAACCCUGAAGCAGCCAUUAGCAAGAUGUCCAUGGGAAGGGCCACUCUCACCAGAGCGCCCAUCCAGGAGCUGUACAAUCCCGCGCUGGAGUCUGUAGCGAGCUUAGAUGAUCUUCAGCGCUCGUGGGAGACCCUGAAAAGUGUGAUAAGUGAAAAGCAGAAGACGCUCUAUGAGGCUCUGGAGAAGCAGCAGCGCUAUCAGGGCUCUCUACAGUCCAUCUCUACUAAGAUGGAGUCCAUCGAGACCAGAUUAAACGAGCCUCCUAUGCACGAUCUCAGUCCCGACAGACAAAUGGUCCUACAUCAGAAUCAGAUGGAGGAAAUUGUCAAACUGCAGAAUGAUAUAGAUGAGCUUCAGUCCAGCUUCACAGAAGAGCUGAUCUCUGAUGCGGUGGACUCGGACUCUGCGGAUCAGCUGGCCAUGCAGUCCACGCUCACUGUGCUGACCGAGAGGAUGACCACCAUCCACAUGAAGGCUUCUGGAAAACGCCAACUUCUUGAGGAGCGACAGAGUGAACGUGUGGAAAAGCAGCAAGAGGCGCAGGCUUUACAGCGCUACCUGAACCAGGCAGACCAGCUGCACCAAUGGCUGCAGAGCACUCGCGGUAACAUCACUUCCUGCUCUCAAGACUCAGACAUGGAAGAGCAACUCAGAGACUGUCAGAACAUGCUGCUGGAGAUCGAGGAGAAGGUGCUGGCUCUCUCCGAGCUCUCCAGACACAGUGAGAAUCUUCUGCUGGAAGGCCGAGCGGAGAACAGGGAGGACGCAGAGCAGCUGGCCAGGAAGUUGCGUACGCUGAAAGGCAGCCUGCUAGAGCUGCAGAGGAUGCUGCAGGACAAGCAGAUCAACAUUCAGGAUUCCCUUAAGGAGCCAUCAGACUCCAGUGAAUCAGACUCCAGUCUCUCCCAGAGUCCAAACAUGCAGGACUGGCUGGCCCAGGCCCGCUCCACACGCAGCCUACAGCACCAGGACACCCUCCAGAAACAGAAGGAGCUUGAAGAGCAGCUUGCAGAGCAGAAGAAGCUGUUGAAAUCUGUAGCGAGUCGUGGAGAGGAAAUACUCACCCAGCAGGCGUCACCCGUCAGAGCCAGUUCUGUCUGUCAAAUGUUCUGCAGUGCGACACAGAUCCUCUCGCCUGAUGUAGAGCCGGAGGGAGACGUUCAGGCCGUGAAGAAGCAGAGGAGAAAGAGAUGGGAAAGUCUGAAAAAAGACAUGGCCACUAAACUACAGCUCCUUAUGAACACGCUGGAGCAAGACAGCAAACAACCGUUUUACUCCAGAACUGCUUGUGUGAAGACUGCAGCCCCGGUCUAUAAGAGAGAGACUCAUGUCCAGGACAAGUCCAGCAUGAUGUCUCUGCACAAUGGAUUCAGUCAGAAAAUAAAGGAGAUGACUCCUCAGGCCACAGAGCGAGAGGUCAUUCUGAUGGAGCAGCAGCUUUAUUCAGCAGUCACAGCCACAUCCUCUUGGGUGGAUGAUGUGGAGAACACACUGUUUUCUGGCCCUGCGCUGCUGACGGAGAACGCUGAGACGCAGCUCUCCAACCAUGAGACAUUGGGAAAAGAAGUGACGGAGGUGACGAGGCAGGUCAGCCACAGCGAGGGGCUGAUAGGCGGCUCUGUGGGACUAUCUGAGGAAGAGCAGACGCUGAUGAAGGACACCCUCGACUGUCUGACUCGACGCCUGGGAGCUCUGGACUCGGCACUGGACCGCCGCUGUGACACCAUGAGGAGCAGAAUGCGGGAGCUCACAGCUUUCCAGACGGAGCUGCAGCAUCUCUUUACAGCGCUUAGUGAAAGCAAGUUCCAGAUUAUCCAGAAAGUGGCAGGAGUUCUUGACCACACAACAACUAAACAGAUUGAAACUAUUGCAGAGGCAGAGGAGAUGCUGAAAGACUUUGAGCACAGAAUAACAGAGCUGAAAGCCAGAGGGGCGGAGCUACAGCCGGACCAGUUCUCCACCAAUGAGCUGCUGAAGCUACAGGAUGCUUAUGAGGAACUAGUGAUGACUGUGGGCUCUCGACGGAGCGGGCUGAACCAGAACAUGGCACUGAAGAAUCAGUAUGAACGAGUUCUGCAGGAUCUAAUUGAUCUGGUGGACACGGCCCAGGAUAAGAUGAAUGCUGACCUGAAGAUGAUCGCCAGCUCAGUAGACGACGUGCACAACCUUCUAGACAAACACAAGGAAUUUUUCCAAGGUUUGGAGUGGCACAUGGUCCUCACCGAGACGUUCUACAAAAAAAGCAGUGCCUUUGUUUUGCCUCGUGAGCGGCAGACUCUGGAGGAGACACUAGCCCGGGCUCAGGAUGUGCUUAAGCAAGCGCACAAAAAAGGAGUUGAGCUGGAGUGCAUCUCAGAGACAUGGAGUCGUCUAGUUUCAGACUAUCAGGACUUGUACCGAUUGCUAGAGGCUGUGGAGGGAAGUCUGCCGAGCAUCGGCCUGGUGGAGGAGUCAGAGGAGAGACUGAAUGAAAGAAUAGAGCUCUAUCAGGCCCUUAAAGCCAGUCUGACGGAGCACCAACACAAGCUGCAUCAGGUGCUGGAGGAAGGGAAGCAUCUUCUGUCAUGUGUGAGCUGCUCCAGCUUGGAGAACCAGCUCACUCUUUUGGGCGAGCACUGGCUCAACAACUCCACCAAGAUCAACAAAGAGCUACAGAACCUGGAAUCCAUCCUGAAGCACUCAACAAGGUAUAAGCGUGAGUCUGUUGAAUUGAGUCGCUGGCUACUGGAAGCUCUGGAACGCUUGGAGUUCUGGAACACACAGUUUGUUGCUGGUCCUCAGGAACUGGAGACCGUUAAAGACCAGUUAUCAGCUUUUCUGGAGUUCAGUAAGGAGGUGGAGACCCGCUCCAGUCUGAAGGCCUCUGUGCUGAACGAGGGAAACCAGCUGCUCAGACUCAAGAAGAUGGACACCGCGUCCCUGCGGUCUGAACUCGCCCGUCUGGACUCUCAGUGGUCCGAACUGCUCGCCCGCAUUCCCGUAGUUCAAGAGAAACUCCACCAGUCUCAGAUGGAUAAGCUAGCAUCCCGUCACGCUAUCGCUGAGCUUGUGAACUGGAUUUCAUUGAUGGAGAGAGUGAUAGAAAAGGAUGAGGAGAAUCUCAAAGGGGCUGUUGGGUCAAAGGUCAUCCAGGAGUACCUGCAGCGAUACAAGGGCUUCAGAGUGGAUGUGAACUGCAAACAGCUCACUGUGGACUUUGUGAAUCAAUCAGUGCUCCAGAUCAGUGGUGCAGACGUGGAGAGCAAACGCAGCGAUAAAACAGAUUUCGCGGAGAAACUUGGCGCCAUGAACUGCCGCUGGCAGAUACUGCAGACACGUAUUACAGAGAGGGUGAGACUUCAGCUGCAGCACACUUUUCAAACUCUAUUCAGACUUUUGGUAGAUAAUUUCAUUCUGAGCUUUUUACAUACGUUAUAUUUCAUUCUACAAGCCUUGAAUAACACAUGGGCCAAUCUGGACCACCUGAUCGGACAGCUCAAGAUCAGCCUGAAGUCUGUCCAGGACAAAUGGAGUCAAUACAAACAAGCGUCUGAAGAGAUCAACGGCUACCUGACAGAGGGACGCUACUCUGUGUCCCGCUACCGUCUGCUCACAGGAUCUCUGGAGGCUUCGCGGCUACAGGUGGAGAGUCUACAGAACCUGCAGGAGGACCUUGAGAAACAAGAAAGCAGUCUAAGAAAAUUUGGAUCAGUUACACAUCAGCUUCUGGAGGAGUGCCACCCGACUGUGUCUGACACACUCAAUAACACACUGAAAGACAUUAACGCCAGGUGGAACAGUCUGCAGGAGGAGAUCGUGGAGCGUCUGAAGAGCAGUAAGGCACUCCUGCAGCUGUGGCAGAGCUAUAAAGAUCUUUAUGGACAGAGUGACUCCAGCAUCCAGACACUAGAGGAGAGAGCAAACCAGAUGCUCAAGACAGCCAGCCACAAAGACAUCACAGAGGAGGAAGUGUCCACCUGGAUCCAAGACUGUGCUGAGCUGCUGCGCUCUCAGGCUCCCGUCCAGGCGUCUCUGCAGGUUUUACUGGAGCUGGGAGAGCAGCUCAAACAGCAGGUGGACACAUCAGCUGCUGCCUCCAUCCAGUCUGACCACCUGUCUCUCACCCAGCGCCUCAGUGCUGUAGAGCAGAGCCUGAGCCGACAGCAGGUGGCGCUGCAGGCUGGAGUUCGGGACUAUGAGACAUUUAAUGAGCAGUUGGACUCUCUGUCCCGCUGGAUCGUGGAAGCUGAGGAGGUUCUGAAAGGCCAGGAUCCCAACGGUUCCUCUGACCAGUCACUCAUCCAGGACCGCAUGGAGGAACUCAAGAAACAAAUGCUGAAGUUCAGCAGUAUGGCUCCUGAUCUGGAGAGGCUGAAUGAACUGGGUUACAGACUCCCUCUCAACGACUCUGAGAUCAAACGCUUGCAGAACCUCAACAGAAGCUGGUCCACCACCUCAGCUCAGACCACUGAGAGAUUCAGCAAACUUCAGGCCCUGCUGCUACAGCAGCAGACAUUUCUGGAGAAGUGUGAGACGUGGAUGGAGUUCCUGGUGCAGACGGAGGAGAAACUGACCGUGGAGAUUUCCGGAAACUUCCAGAGCCUGAUGGAACAGCAGAGAGCUCAUGAGCUGUUUCAGGCAGAGAUGUUCAGCAGACAGCAGAUCCUUCACUCCAUCAUCAGCGAUGGACAACGCAUGCUGGAGCAGGGACAGGUGGACGACAGAGAUGAGUUCAAGCUGAAGCUGGCUCUGCUCAGUAACCAGUGGCAGGGGGUGGUGAGACGGGCACAGCAGCGCAGGGGCAUCAUAGACAGUCUCCUGCGGCAGUGGCAGCGCUACAGGAAGAUGGUGGAGAAGCUGAGGAAGUGGUUGGUGGAAGUGUCCCAUCAGGCAGAAACCCUGCAGGCGGGCACACCUGUGCCACUGCAACAGGCACGAGCCAUGCUGGAUGCAGUUCAGCUGAGGGAGAAGGUUCUGCUGAGGCAGCAGGGCAGUUACAUCCUGACGGUGGAGGCAGGGAGACAGCUGCUUCUGUCUGCUGACACACGGGCCGAAGCGGCUCUACAAGAGGAGCUGCUCGACAUACAGGAGCGCUGGAGACACGCCAACAUCCGCCUGGAGGAACAAAAGAAAGAGCUGGCCGUUCUGCUCAGGGAUUGGGAGAGAUGCGAAAAAGGUAUCGGAGGAUCUCUGGAGAAACUGAGAGCUUUUAAACGCCAGCUUUCCCAGCCGCUCCCAGAUCGCCAUGAGGAGCUGCAGUCUGAACAAAUGCGCUGCAAGGAUCUGGAGAGCAUGUUUGACGGCUGGAAGGAGGAUUUGACCCAUCUGACGGUGUUGAGAGAGUCUCUGUCCAGUUACAUCAGUCCUGAGGAUCUGCGUGUGCUGCAGGAACGGAUUGAGCUCCUGCACCGCCAGUGGGAGGAGAUCUGUCACCAGUUGUGUCUGCGCAGGCAGCAGGUGAGUGAGAAGCUGAAUGAAUGGGCCAUCUUCAGUGAUAAAUAUAAGGAGCUGUGUGAAUGGCUGACGCAAAUGGAAAGCAAAGUAUCCCAGAAUGGAGACAUCAGCAUCGAAGAGAUGAUUGAGAAACUACGAAAGGACUAUCAGGAAGAGGUGGCGGUGGUUCAGGAGAAUAAACACGAGCUCCAGCAGCUGGGUGAACGUUUAGCUCGGGCCAGUCAUGAGAGCAAAGCCUCUGACAUCGAACACAAACUCAGUAAAGUCAACGAACGCUGGCAGCACCUGCUCGACCUCAUUGGGGCCAGGGUGAAGAAGCUGCGGGAGACUUUAGUGGCCGUUCAGCAGUUGGAUAAGAACAUGAAUAGUCUGCGCUCUUGGCUCGCCCACAUCGAGACCGAACUGUCCCGUCCCAUCGUCUACGACACCUGCGACUACCAGGAGAUCCAGAGGAAACUAGAUCUACAGCAGGAGCUGCAGAGAGACAUCGAGAAGCACAGCACAGGUGUGGCGUCAGUGCUGAACCUGUGUGAGGUUUUGCUGCACGACUGUGACGCGUGCGCUACGGACGCCGAGUGUGACUCCAUCCAACAGGCCACACGCAGCCUGGACCGCCGCUGGAGGAGCAUCUGUGCCAUGUCCAUGGAGAGGAGACUCAGGAUUGAGGAGACGUGGCGUCUCUGGCAGAAGUUUCUCGAUGACUUCUCACAUUUUGAGGAGUGGCUCAUGUUGUCGGAGAAGACAGCCGCGCUGCCAAACUCUUCAGGUGUCCUUUACACUGUUGCCAAAGAGGAGCUCAAGAAAUUUGAGACGUUCCAGCGGCAGGUGCAUGAAAGUUUGACGCAGCUGGAGCUGAUCAAUAAACAGUAUCAGCGACUGGCACGUGAGAAUCGCACUGACGCGGCCUGUAGUCUGCGAGAAAUGGCCCACAAUGCCAACCAGCGCUGGGAUAACCUGCAGAGACGAGUGUCCUCCGUCCUACGCAGGUUAAAGCACUUUAUAAGUCAGAGGGAGGAGUUUGAGACGGCGCGAGACUGUAUCCUGGUCUGGCUGACAGAGAUGGACCUGCAAUUAACCAACAUUGAACAUUUCUCAGAGUGUGACGUCCAGGCCAAAAUCAAACAGCUGAGGGCGUUCCAGCAGGAGAUCACUCUGAACACUGCAAAGAUUGACCACAUAUUCCAGCAGGGUGAAGCUCUUCUGGAAAAGAGUGAGCCGAUAGAUGCUGCUGUGAUCGAGGAAGAGCUUGAAGAACUGCAGCGUUACUGCCAGGAAGUGUUUGGACGUGUGGAGCGCUACUACAAGAAACUUAUACGAUUACCGCUCACAGACGAUGAACAUGACGUGUCGUACUCGGACCGUGAGUUUGAUUUGGACGAGCCUGCUGACGUGUCCAGCUUUCCGUGGAGUGAGCGUCUGGGCGAUGGUUUUCUGUCCCCUCUGCCCUCCUCCAGUCGCUCUGCGUCGCUGGCCGUUCCUCUACGGGCCGAACGCUCGGGCCGAGACACUCCAGCCAGCGUGGACUCCAUCCCUCUGGAGUGGGACCACGAUUACGACCUGAGCCGGGGUCUGGAGAGCACCAGCAGAGCCUUGUCCUCUGAACCAGGAGAUCAGGGAGAAGAUGGAUACCUGCAGAGCUCAGCGUCCGCCCUCUCAGAUGUAGUGAUUCCAGAGAGUCCUGAGGCAUAUCUCAAACUUACUGAGCAAACUCUGAGGUCCAGCGCUGGUAGGCAUCAGCAGUCUGAAAUCAUGCGUCUUCUUGAAGAAUGUCGUGGCAGUAUAGACGCAGUAAAGCGAGUGGGAUUUGAGCUGAAAGAAGAGGACGACAAGGUAUCAGGUUUCGUCAACCCCAACAGCUCAGAGUCCCAAACUUCAGGUGUGAUCGAGCGCUGGGAGCUGCUGCAGGCUCAGGCUCUCAGUAAAGAGAUGCGCAUGAAGCAGAACAUGCAGCAGUGGCAGCAGUUCAACUCAGACCUGAACAGCAUCUGCAGCUGGCUGGACCAGGCAGAAGAAGAGCUGGAGCAGCAGCGGGGACUGGACCUCAGCACGGACAUACAGACCAUCGAGCUACGCAUCAAGAAGCUCAAGGAGCUGCAGAAGGCUCUGGAUAAGCGUAAGGCCAUCGUGCUGUCCAUUAACCUCUGCAGCGCUGAGUUUGUGCAGUCGGACAGCGAGGAGGCGCGAGACCUGCAGCGACGGCUGAAGGAGAUGAAUAACCGCUGGGAGCGUCUCAGCAGCUCUCUGGACGAGUGGAGGAACGCGCUCCAGCACGCGCUCAUGCAGUGCCAGGACUUCCAUGAGAUGAGUCACGGUCUCCUUCUGUGGCUGGAGAACAUCGAUCGCAGGAGGAAUGAGAUCGUCCCGAUUGACCACACUCAGGACAGCGAUACCCUACAGGAGCAUCACAAAAUGCUUCUGCAAAUCCGUCGGGAGCUGCUGGACACGCAGUUGAAGGUGGCGUCCCUGCAGGACAUGUCUCUUCAGCUGCUGGUCCACUCGGAGGGCAGUGACUGUCUGGAAGCCAAAGAGAAGGUGCAUGUGAUCGGGAACCGUCUCAAGCUGUUGCUGAAGGAGGUGACGAGAGACAUCAGAGAGCUGCAGAAGACCCUGGACAUAAGCAGCAGUCAGCAGGACUUGUCAUCUUGGUCGUCUGCUGAUGAGUUGGACACUUCCGGUUCCCUGAGCCCCGUGUCUGGACGCAGCACUCCCAGUCGCCAGCGAUCGCCAUGGGGCAAAAGUAGUCUGUCACAGCCCGGAGCCUGUGUGAGCAGUCCACUUCACAGCAGGUCUCGCAACGCCGCUGGAUCCGGUUCCUCCCAUUCUGACGAGGAAGAACCUCCAUCCUGGUGUAAAACCUUCCUGAAGCGUGUCCUCUGGGCCGCACUGCCGCUGCAGAUCAUCCUGCUGCUGGUGGUGGUGGUGGCCUGUCUUGUGCCUACGUCUGAGGACGACUACAGCUGUGCCCAACUCAACAACUUCGCCCGCUCCUUCCACCCAAUGCUCAGCUACACCAACGGGCCUCCACCUAUAUGAGCUCCACUUUGAAGUCAAAACGGCAGCUCAGCAUCGGGUUUCCCUCUAAAUUUGGCAGCCAUUAUUGUGUCCUUGUACAGCAAAUAGAGCUGCUAAUUCUACAGUAUGUCACUGAGUCUCGUGUAGAUGUUAGAACGAAGCCUGUUGCACUGAAAACUGCUGUCAGACAAGUGUUGUUAGUGCUACUGAUGUUCUUCCAUGUUUGAUAGGAAGGAGGAAACUAGAGCGUAGGAUAUUAACUCAACACUGAGAGUUAAUCAGGUCUAAAGGCCUUUUUUAAGCAUGGAAAGAUCAAGUUUAUUGGGAAAAAAACUGAAAGGUGUUGGAUUGCUUGUAUCAAAUGAAUAACUUGUAAAA